GAACUCGUCCCUUGAUAUACGCUUCUUACAUGCCCACACGUUUUACGGUAUAGUCUUAUUGGAUCUUUCCGAGUGUUGGGCUCAGAUUGUGCAAACUGCCUCUCUGGAAAUUCCCUGAAAAAGCCAUUGUUAACGAGCACAUGCAUCUCACCUGCUCCCAACCUCGUUGUCCUCUCGUGGAUUAACCUAUAUGCUCUCAGUAGACCUUCAGAAACUCAUUUGAAAGCCGCCUGAAUGGAGAGCAAUCUCAACCGCCGACGGCGAUUGCCGCACACCUCCGGCUUCGUGAUGUGCUCGUCAUGUCUCCCGAUUCACAAAAAGUAUUCUCGGGUUCCUCUACUGGAAUACAACGGCUGUAGCAAAAUCCAUCAAAAGACCCUAAACAAGUGGCAAAUCCUUAUCAGGAGGUUAGCUAGAAAAUGGACGGACGGGUACGGUCCCAAGCUGUUAACGUUUAAGUACGAUGCCGAUAGCUAUGCUCGGAACUUCGAUGAGGGUUUAAGGAGUGAAGAACAAGAACCCACAACUAGAGUUCUGGAUGGGGCUUUUCAGGUGGAAAAUCACAAAUUUGCUCAUGAACCAAUUUGAAGAUCAGAAAAUGCUCUCAGGGAUUAAAUCAAAAGGAAAAUCCAAAAAGCAUUUUUAGCUGGUGAGAGUACAAAACUGUUUAUUAGAAUCUUGUGUGAAUGAGGCAGUUUGCAGCUUUGCCAAUUGUGAUUUGGUUCAAACGCUAAUUGGGAAUGCCUUACCAUGAUUUGAAUUCUAAUGUAAAAACAAUUCUCGCUUA